AUGCCCGCGAACGGCGGCCUGAAUGAGUCUCCCAUCCUGAAGAAGUACGUGGAGAACGGCGAUGUUGUCGGCAUCUGCGUCAGCGGUGGCUUGGACUCGAAGACCGUGGCGCUGAGGCUACGCCUGGCAGGCGUGAAGGUCAAGUGCUUCACCGCCGACAUCGGCCAGCCGGACGAGGAGGACGUGAAUGACGUGGUCAAGAAGAUGGCACCUUGUGGAGUGGACACAGUGGUCGUGGACCUUAAGGACGAGAUCGCCGAAGGCGCAAUCGAGGCGGUGGCUGCCCAGGCCAUGUAUGACGGAGGCUACUGGCAAUCCACCGGCAUUGGCCGCUACGUGACCGCGAGGGGCUUGCUGGCGGAGAUGAAGAAGCACGGCUGCACCGUCCUGUCCCAUGGCGCGACGGGCCGUGGAAACGACCAGGUGCGCUUCGAGCGAUACGUCAACGUGAUCGAUCCUUCCUUCAAGGUCUACGCUCCAUGGCGAGACCCGGUCUUGCUGGAG